GUCAAUUAAAAAGCAAAAUCUCAAGUUUGUGGGGUCGGUCCAUUCUUUUGAAGCUCUUAUCCUAUAAAAAGAACAUUCGUCCCACGUAAUACACGCCCUCCUCUCUCUUUCCUUCCUUCCAAAUCCUGACAUAAGUAUGCCCGAACAACCAUCCCUCCUCCUCCUCCUCCUCCUCCUCCUCCUCUCAUCCGUUCUCUCAUCCACCGCCGCCGCCGCAACCAUAGCCACCCGACGAUUCAAGGAGGCCCCGCAAUUCUACAACUCCCCGGAAUGCCCCUCCAUUUCGGAGAGCAGCCACGAAAUCGAAGGCGAGGCCGAGAAGCCUGGCGCGGAUGAUGACGACGACGGCAUCUUCAUUUGCUCGGACACGGCGGUCCACGUCGCCAUGACCCUCGACACCGCGUACAUCCGCGGCUCCCUGGCGGCGAUCUUCUCCAUCCUCCAGCACUCCUCCUGCCCCCAGAACGCGGUCUUCCACUUCGUCGCCUCCACCUCCGCCGACGGCCCUCUCCUCCGCUCCACCAUCUCGGCCUCCUUCCCUUACCUCCGCUUCUGGCUCUACCGCUUCCAGGACGCUGCUGUCUCGGGCCUCAUCUCGACAUCCAUCCGCUCCGCGCUUGACUGUCCGCUGAACUACGCCCGGAGCUACCUCGCCGACCUCCUCCCUCCAUGCGUCCGGAAGGUCGUGUACCUCGACUCCGACCUCAUCCUCGUCGAUGACAUCGCAAAGCUUGUGUCGACGCCGCUCGGGGAUAGCGCUGUCCUCGCCGCCCCAGAGUACUGCAACGCCAACUUCACAGCCUACUUCACGCCGACCUUCUGGUCAAACCCUUCACUGUCGUCGACCUUCGCAGGCCGCAGGCCGUGCUACUUCAACACUGGAGUGAUGGUGAUCGAUCUCGACCGGUGGCGACGCGGGGACUACACAAAGAAGAUAGAGGAGUGGAUGGAGCUGCAGAAGAGAAUGAGGAUAUACGAGCUGGGGUCACUGCCCCCGUUCUUGCUGGUCCUCGCAGGGAGGAUUGCAGCGGUCGACCACCGGUGGAACCAGCACGGUCUCGGCGGGGACAACUUCCGGGGGCUGUGCCGGGAUUUGCAUCCCGGGCCGGUGAGCCUCUUGCAUUGGAGCGGGAAAGGGAAGCCGUGGGCCCGGCUCGACGCGAACCGGCCGUGCCCAUUGGACGCCCUCUGGGCUCCUUACGAUCUCUUGCAGACUCCAUUCUCUUUGGAUUCCUGAAAAGAAAGAUCAAACAUGUUGUCGAAAGAUCUUACGUCGGGCCUCCUUAGCCGGAGGAGGAUCGGUAUCGGACCCGGCGAUCCGCACCUCUCACGGCGAUGAAUCGCGCAUCACAUGCACCCAUGACUGGAGUAGAACUUCAAUUCUGGAUCGGGAAAAUUGCUGAUGAAGGCCGAGAUGGUUUCACUUUUGAGCAUUUGUUCUUCAAAAAGAAUGUGAAAAGUUGUAGAUAUAUAAGAGGUCUUGAUGUGUAAUUGCGUACGACGGACGAUGAACACAGAAUCAAUAAAAUGUUUAGGAUGAUGCAGA